AUGGGCGUUGCUUGUUCAGGAAGUAAGAGAAAUGAACAAUUACUAUUACAUGUUGACGUGUACAUAUGGAAGGAGAAGGAAAAGAAAUACCAUCUCUAUGACUACUCCAGUCAUGAAUCGCAUUAUUAGCAAUUGUAGUUGAUCUAGGACACAAAAUUGUGCAAAUAUGGAGAAAACAUUUUAGCUGUUCAACCAAAUUAAACAAUAGAAGGAGCACAAGAGUUGUUUGUAAUCAAGGAGAAAGUCUUGAGACCCAUCACAGAAAUAUGGUCAAUAAUUAGGAAUGACUAAGUGAAUGGAGUUCCAGUAACGAAUAGAGUCUAGCUAAUUCCUGGGUAAACCAUAAGACUGGGAAGAGUAAAAAUCAUAUUGUGGGAGGCUUGUUUUAACCAGGCUAUGGCCACGGAGGAAAGCGAAAAAGAGAAGGACGAAGAUGCCAAUGGGUUGGAUGACAGUGAAAACAGCAAUGCCGAAAACUCAUGUCGAAUCUGUAUGAGUAAAGUAGGAACUCUCUCUAAUCCAUUAAUAAAUCCCUGCCAAUGUUCUGGAUCUGUCAAAUACAUACAUAUUAAAUGUCUUUAAUAAUGGAUACACAAUAAAUUCAAGAUUAGAGAACUCAACAAUAUUGUCCUUUAUUUUUGGUCCAAUCUCAUUUGUGAGAUUUGCAAGGAAUAAUAUAAAUUGGAAUACAAGUUUUAGAAUAGAAAAUAUCAUCUAAUAGACAUUCCCAGACCAAAAGAGGCUUAUUUUAUAUUUUGGAUCAGCCACAUUGACAAAAACAAAGAGAAAGGAUUGUAUGUGAUAAACUUGAAUGGAAGAAGCAACAUUAAGAUAGGAAGAGUAUAGGAGAAUGAUAUUAAGUUGCAGGAUAUCAGUGUCUCCAGAAAUCAUGCACUCAUUACAUUUAAUAGAGAGGAUGAAUCAAUUUACUUAGAGGAUUUAGGCAGCAAAUUCGGCACUCUUUUAUAAAUUGAUCAAUUGAAAUUAGAUUGCAAAUCGAUUAUCUAAGUUGCAAAUUCGGUGUUUAUUUUUGAUUACUUGAGAAAGAAUCAAAAACAUUAUGAAUUGCCGAGUUUCUACAAAGUAGUCGAAAAGGAAACGCAAUAGCAGCCUUAAGAUUGCGUUGAAGAUGACGUUUUGGUCAAUGUGGAUAAUAACAAGUAUUUGAGUGGAGAUAAUGAAGCCUCUUGA